AUGUGGGCGCUAAAGAAGUUGAAUUUGGAUUGGGGCGCUGCAUCGAGUCAAAGGCUAAUGGAUAUGAAUGAGCUUGAUGAGUUUCUCCUAAAAGCAUAUGAAAUUUCAGCCCUGUACAAAGAGAAGAUGAAAAACUACCAUGAUCAAAAGAUUGAAAAGUUGAGGUUGUUUCCUAGCAAGCUCAAGUCCAAGUGGGCCGGGCCAUUCAGAGUAACUCAGGUAUUUCCACAUGGAGCGGUCGAGCUCGAGAACAAGGAAGGAACAAGGUUCAAAGUGAACGGACAGAGGAUCAAAGCCUACUUGGGUAAAUCUGAGAGUGUGCAAGAAGUUAUCGAGGCCUACUAUCUUUAUGAAGUCUGA